GACUGUUUACACCACCGAGGCCAUAGAAAUAAAGACCCGAAGCUAUCGGUGAGUGCGAGGCCGGUGAGUGGUGAGUCCAAGACUGGUGAAGCAUCAAUGACUGCCCCUGUCUUGUGAGACUGGUACAUCCAAGAUGGCUACGGACAGUACUGAAGUGCGCCAGUGGCGGCUUCGAGAAACAUUCCUGAACUCUGACAGCGCUACUUUUCUGACACAGCUGCGGCGCGACCCGCACCUCGACAUAAAUUUUGUGUAUGGUGAGCCGGCGUUUGAGCCGCUGCUGCUGACCGCGUGCCGGCGACACGACACAGAGCGUAUCGGCUGGCUGCGGAGGGCCGGCGCCGACUUCAACACGCGCGACCUGUCGGGAGACCGGACGGCGCUGCUGUGGGCAGCCGAGGGCGCCGACCGCCAGCUGCUGGCGCACCUUCUGGCCGAGUCGAGCGGCGCGCAGCCAGCCGAGGAGACCAGCUUCAUCGGGCCGGCGCUGGAGCUGAACGCGCGCGAUAGCGCCGGCCGCACGGCGCUGCAUCUGCUGGUGGCGGCCGCUGGCCGGCCGGCCUGCCGGGAGGCGGCAGAGGCCGGCCUGCGCCUGCUCACCGUCCGUGAGGACGUGGAUCUGGGGGCGCGCGACGAGCGUGGUCGCACGCCACUGGAGCUGGCACUGGAGCUGGGUCUGCCGGACACGGCGCUGGCGCUGGCUCAGGCGGGCGCCGAGGUGCCGCCGGCUGCCGUACGCCAGCUAGGAACUGACGCGGCGCUGCACCCGCUGACGCCGUUCGUGAGCCGCGCGCCGCGCCCUCGGCCCGCCGACCAGCAGCUCUGGGAGACGGUACACUUGGAUGGGACGGCCGACGCCGUCAGCGCUGCGCUCGACCGGCUGCCGACUGAUGCGGCGGCGCGGCGCCGCCUGCUCGACAGCCCGUUCGGCCGCUACACAUGCCUGCAGUGGGCGGCGCGGAGCGGCCACCUGGAGGUGGCGCGGCGGCUGCUGCGUGCCGGCGCCUCGGCGGCCGCUGCCAGCGCGCUGAACCCGCAGCCGCCGCUGCUGUACGCCGCCGAGCGGGGCGACGCGCCGCUGCUGCGGCUGCUGCUGGAGGCGCAUCGCUGCGACGCUAAACCCGUCCAGUUGACACCGUUGCGCGACUCUGGUCUGCGCGGCAGUGACGAGACGGCUCUGCACAAGGCGGCCCGCCACGGCCCGGCGCCGGCCGACGCCGAUUUCGACGGCUGUGUGGCGCUGCUGCUGGCUGAGGAGGUGGACGUGAACCGCGCCAACGGCGCCGGCCGCACGGCGCUCCACCUGGCGCUGGCGGCCGGCUUCGAGGGCGGCGCGCUGCGCCUGCUGGCGGCCGGCGCCUCGCUGGCGGCCGCCGACGGUGCCGGCCGGCUGGCCGUCGAGCUGGUCCGACCGGAGACGCUGCGCGCUGCGCUGGACGCCUGCGUGCGGCCAGUGCCGCCGCCGGCGGCCUCUGAGGGCGACGAGCCGGCCGCCGAGACCGAGCAGGCGCACAGGGAGCGGGAGCAGAGGCGCCGGCUGCGGGCGGCCAACUGUCAGCUGGAGGUGGACUUCUCGUGCCUGGCGCCGCCACUGCGGCCGCAGAAGGCGCCAGAGAUGCCGGUGCUGAUGCGGCUGCGCGCCGACCCUCAGCUGCGCGCACUGCUCCAGCACCCGGUGCUGACGGCGCUGCUCUACCUCAAGUACGACCGCGCCCGCUGGUUCCACUACUGCAACGUGCUGCUGUUCCUGGCCUUCACCGUGCUGCUGACGGUGUACGUGUUUGGGCUGGACGGGCGCGCGGCGCUGGGCGGCUGGGCCACGGGCGGCGCGCUGCGCGCUGCGCUCACCGCCGGCCUGGCGCUGCUGACGGCGCGCGAACUGCUGCAGAUGCUCAUCACGGGCCCGCUGUACCUGCUCAGCGCCGAGAACUGGGCUGAGCUGGCCGUGCUGGCGCUGGGCUACCCGCUGCUGUGGGCGCCGUUGACGCUGCCAACGGCGCGCCACCUCUCCGCCUGGGUCAUGGUUGCCGCCUGGCUGGAGGUGGCCAUGAACGUCGGUAGGACACCCGCACUGGCUCCCUACAAGACCAUGAUGGAGAGCAUCGCCCUCAGCUUCGGGCGGCUCAUCUUCCUCUACUUUGGCCUGGUGAUGGCGUUCGCGAUCGCCUUCUACCUGGUGUUUGACGGCGUCAGCAGUUUCGCCACGUUCGGCGUCUCGAUGCCGAAGGUAAUCGCCAUGGCCACCGGCGAGUUCGACUACGGCGAUCUCAGCGAGGCGAUGGUGGUGGACGAGGCAUCCGGCGUCCGCGCCGGGCACGUGCUCUCGGGCGGGCUGCUCUUCAUCUGCUUCCUGUUCCUCAUCUUCAUCGUGCUGAUGAACCUGCUGACGUCGCUGGCGGUGGACGACACGCAGGCCAUCUCGCGGCAGGCGGCCGUCAUGGCCGCCGACAACCGGAUCGUUUUGCUCGGCUACCUGGAAAACUUUCUCCUGUUGUCGUACCUGCCGUCAUCGCUGAAACGUCCUGGCGGGCCGCUGCGGGCUGCCGGUCAGGGCGCCUGCUCGGGCCUCAAGGAGCGAGUGCGUCGGCGCGUGCUGCUCUUUCACACGGCGCUCAGCUCGGGCCGCUACCGGUUUCUGCCGAACGGGCCAGAGCGGCCGCUCGCCUGCCGGGACGUGGCGCACGCGUGCGGCAAGCGCCAGUGUGGCAGCGCCGCGUCACUCUGCGCCCGCUGGCUGACUCUGGACGGCUGCGUGGGCGAGCGGCGCCAGCAGCUGUCUGAGCUGCCGGCCGCGACGCGCCAGCAGCUGCUGGACCUGGUGCUGAAGCCGCAGUCGCUGGAGGAGCAGCUGGAGCGGCUGCAGGCCGACGUGGGCCGCCUGAGCGCGCAGCUAUCCGACCUGCUCCAGAGGCCCGCCGGCGACCGAGGAGCGGGGCAGAGAGCGCCGUCCGGCGGCCGGGCCAGCCCCUGAGCGCCGGCGCCACCGGAGGCCGCCUGUCGCCUCAGCCGGGGCGACCUCGCCGACAUCUAAUGGCUAGUGCUUUUAACCAGGCUCUCUGCGCCCUGCUUUUGACCAAUGGUCCGUUUGCUUAUAGGUGGAAGAAUGCUAGGUGCCUUUGCUCAUUGCUCCAGCGUCGUGGGAUGCGUGAGUGACGUCGGGGGUGGGAUUUUCCACAGGCGGAUUCGAUGGCGACCCCAGUCGGGCCUGGCAGCCAGGCGCUGUGGAGACCGUGCAGUGUCGGCUCCGCUCAGCUGAGCAGCUCGCCGAAGCCGCACGCCAGCUGUUUGUGCGCUCCACCGCCUACGAGGUGGCCGAUACCGCUCAUCUUUAGUACAUAUGUACGCAAUGUAUUUAAGUACCGCCGUCGACAGUGUUAUUAUUGCACUCAUCUUGUAUAUGUUUCCUCGCACACUGCCGCCAGCGGCAGUUGCAUGAUGGCAGAACGGAGCUUUAACAUGGAUCGCUGCAUCCGUGACUGGGUGAAAGGCUGACGGCGGCUUAGCAGCGCGGUCCAUGUGCACCAGUGCUCGUGCUCGUGUGGUACCCGCCGAACAGAAUUUCACUAGCUCAGGCCUCAAUUUGGACCUACACUUUACGCCACUGCCCGCGACUUUUCGUCAAAUGUCUGGCCAACCAUGUGCCUCCUGUAUGAUUGUUUGUGUACACAAUACAAUGAUUGUUUGUGUCUA